AUGGGUAAACUAUACGAAACACUCUUACUGUCCAUACUUAAAAAUCAAAUCAGAUCUGAGCAAUUUGGCUUUCGCCCCCAGCACAGUACUGAAAUUCAACUAGUCAACUUCAUAGACAACAUAACAGAUAAUACGAACAGAAGGCUAAAAACAGCAGUAACUCUUCUUGAUAUAGAAAAAGCAUUUGAUAAGGUAUGGCACGAGGGCCUUUUAUUCAAACUUCUGGCUAUGCAGGUAUCUCAACAGCUGGUGUCCAUCAUUCAGUCAUUUCUCAAAGAAAGGAAAUUCUACAUAAAAAUCGACGAUACUAAAUCUUCCCCCAGGACCAUAAUAGCCGGAGUCCCUCAAGGGUCCUGCCUCGCUCCUCACCUAUUCACCGUAUUCAUCAACAAUAAGCCAUUAUCCUCCAAAGCUAAGAUUGCCCUUUUCGCUGACGACACAUUAUUUUAUGCUGAUAGUAUAUCCCAAUCGUGUGCGAUUAAAAACCUUCAGGCCCAGAUUGAUCUCUCGAUCGAAUGGUUCCAUCAGUGGAAAAUAUCAAUCAAUCCACUCAAGACCUCGGCCAAUAUGUUCAGCAACAAGCAGACUCGGGCGGGAGAUUGCGUAAAAUUUGGUGACACUCCAAUCAAAUGGUCAAAUAACAUCUAG